CGGCCUCUCGGCCAAAUGUCUCCAAUAUUCGGUUUCGGCCAAGAAUUUUGCUAUCGGUACAUAACAGGGACCAACUUCCGUUUUCAUCGCUGUCAUCCCGCCCCGAGAUUGUCGUCACUUCCUCUUUGCUUGGAACAAGCUUUCAAGAUGUCUUUGGUCAUCCCUGAGAAGUUCCAGCACAUUCUUCGUGUUUUGAACACGAACAUUGACGGUCGGAGGAAGAUCGCCUUCGCCAUCACUGCCAUCAAGGGGGUGGGCAGACGUUAUGCCCAUGUGGUGCUGAGGAAGGCGGACAUUGACCUCAACAAGCGGGCCGGCGAGCUGACCGAGGAGGAGGUUGAGCGAGUGGUGACCAUCAUGCAGAACCCUCGCCAGUACAAAAUCCCAGACUGGUUCCUCAACAGGCAGAAGGACGUCAAGGAUGGAAAAUUCAGCCAGGUGCUAGCUAACGGCCUGGACAACAAGCUGAGAGAAGACCUGGAGAGGCUGAAGAAGAUACGAGCGCAUCGCGGACUCCGGCACUUUUGGGGCUUGCGCGUUCGCGGUCAGCACACCAAGACUACUGGCCGCCGCGGUCGCACUGUGGGUGUCUCCAAGAAGAAGUAAACUGGCUGCGUAUUUUGCUUUUCAAUAAACCGCCCCAAAAAAUGGAUGAACAA